UGUAAGUGUUAAAUGGUGUGCCCCUUUCUUUUGUCGAAAUUUAGUGCAGAGAUGGCGCGUCUGGUUCUCCCCAUCUUUUUGGUUCUCUCUCUCACCUUGCUCCACCAGGGUUUUAGCCGUCCAUCUCGUACCAGGAAAGCAGUGCCAGCACCACAGAGAGAUGAGGAUGAUGUAAAGUCGCAGCUGGAGAAGCUGUGGCAGGAGGUGAACUCCCUGAAGGAGAUCUCAGCUCUGCAGACAGUUUGUCUUCGUGGCAUCAAUGCUCACAGGAAGUGUUACUUGACCAUUGAGGAACCCAAGCACUACCAUGAGGCCAACGAACACUGCAUUGCAUGGGGUGGAACACUUGCCACUCCACGUGACCUCAAUGAAAACAAUGACCUGAGGGACUAUGCCAAGAGGAGUGCAUCAGGUACCAAGGAGUUCUGGAUCGGUGUGACAGACAUUGUGAAGGAGGGCCAGUAUGUAGACGUCAACAGCAUGCCCAUCAGCUACUUCAACUGGGACAAGACCAAGAAGCAACCCACAGGGACAAAGAGGGAGAGCUGUGUCGUGCUCUCACUGGCUGCACAGGGAAAGUGGCAUGAUGAGGUCUGCCUUGGCAAGAAAAAGUACAUUUGUGAAUACCCCAUUCCCUAACUUGUGUACCACCAUGGAUACCAGAUGGUUGUUGACAACCUGAUGAUCAUUUAUGCUCGUCAUUAAAAAAUACAUGUGAUACCA